AUGGGUCGACAAGGGCGUAAAGUUAUGGUACCAGAUAUUGCUGCUGCGCUCAUCGAAGACGAGAAAUCAGCAGCCAACCCCGAAGUAUCACAACAAUGGCUUACUGGCGACAGCCGGAUUCUCAUUGUUGCCGGUAGCGACGCGGUCGCGUCAUCUCUUGUUUUCGCAUUUCUCUAUUUUGCCCAAGAUCAUCGCCAUCAAAUUACGAUACGAAGUGAACUGGAGGAUCUGAAUGAUGGAAGUGGCUGGGAUGCUUCAGCGCUACAAACGCAAGCACCAUACCUAAACGCCUUCAUUGUAGAAGUGCUCCGGUUAUGGCCUCCGAACCCGUCUGGGGUGCUAAGGCAAACACGAAAGGAAGGUCUGAAGAUCAACGACAGGUCCAUACCUGGCGAUAUUACCGUAUGCACGCCAUCCCGGGUGCUCCACAGAUGUAAGACCUCUCACGUACCCUGA